CUGCACGGCAGCGACGGGUUCAGUCUAUGGCCGGACUUUAAGAUGAUCACGGAAAUUCUCCUGGCGAUCUGCACCGCGGUGUUCCUUUGCCUUUCGUAUCGGUAUGCGGUGGCUAGACCCUGUGGCUUCCCUCCCGGUCCUCCGAGGAUUCCGUUGUUCGGCAGCUACCUCUUCAUGCUGAUGAUUAACUUUAAGUACCUGCACAAGGCUGCUUUGACCCUCAGUCGGUGGUACAAGUCGGACAUAAUCGGACUCUAUAUGGGUCCCUUUCCGGUGGCCGUCGUCCACAAUGCAGAAGGAGUGCGCGAGAUCCUCAACAACAAGGUCUUCGAUGGACGCCCUCAAAUAUUCGUAGGCGCUAUGCGCGACUCCGGCCCAGAAGUCCGAGGCAUCUUCUUUCAGGAUGGACCCUUGUGGAAGGAGCAGCGCCGCUUCAUCCUGCGUUAUCUGCGCGACUUUGGCUUCGGUCGGCGAUUCGACCAGCUGGAGCUGGUCAUCCAGGAGCAGUUGACGGACAUGCUCGACCUGAUCCGCAACGGGCCAAAGUAUCCGCAUGAGCACGAAAUGGUGAAGCCAGAGGGGUACCGCGUGCUCCUGCCGCUGCUCUUCAAUCCCUUCUCGGUCAACUGCCACUUCCACAUCGUCUACAACGAGUGCCAGAGUCGCGAGGAGAUGGGCAGAUUGGUGAGGCUCUGCCAGAUGGGCAUGCAGUUCCAGCGGAAUGCGGACGACUACGGAAGGAUGCUGAGCAUCAUGCCCUGGAUCCGGCACUUUUGGCCCGACUGGAGUGGCUACAACAAGCUCAACGAAGCGAAUCUGUUUGUGCACAAGUUCUUCGCCGAAUUUGUGGAUCGGCAUUUGAAUUGCUACGAGGAGGGUGUGGAGCGCAACUUCAUGGACGUCUACAUAGCGGAAAUGCGCCGAUCUCCGGGCUACGGAUUCAACCGGGAUCAGUUCAUCAUGGGUCUGGUUGACUUCUCCUUUCCCGCCUUCACGGCCAUCGGCGUGCAGUUGUCGCUGCUCGUCCAGUAUCUCAUGUUGUACCCGGAUGUGCUGCAAAGGAUACAGAGCGAAAUCGACGAGGUUGUCGGAUGCGGCAGACUGCCCACUCUGGAGGACCGCAAGAGCAUGCCCUUCACGGAGGCCACUGUUCGCGAGGGCUUACGCAUCGAGACUCUGGUUCCCUCGGAUGUGCCGCACAAGGCGCUGGCUGACACCGAGUUGCUGGGCUACAAGAUACCAAAGGACACCAUUGUGGUGCCCAGCCUGUAUGCCUUCCACUCGGACAGUCGUGUCUGGGAGGAUCCGGAGCAGUUCCGGCCGGAGAGGUUCCUCAACGACGAGGGCAAACUCAGCCUAAAGCUGGAUGUCUCGCUUCCCUUCGGAGCGGGAAAAAGGCUCUGCGCCGGCGAGACCUUCGCCCGCAACAUGCUCUUCCUGAUGACGGCGACCAUGUGCCAACACUUCGACUUCGUCCUGGCCCCGAAUGAUCGGUUGCCCGAUCUAUCCCAGAACCUCAAUGGUUUGAUAAUCUCGCCGCCCGAUUUCUGGGUGCAACUGCAGGACCGGCACUAAACACCAGUAUAGCAUAAAAUUCUUUGAUAUUUUAGACUUAAUGAAUUCUUAUUUUAAGACGUCUUCAACUAAAGGCCUAUUAUUAAUAAAAAAUUCGUCAUUCCUAAUGUAUAACAAAAAUGUGUUUAUGCGC